GCCGACGCUUCAACGCAUCUCGUCUCGCCUGCAGCACGCCCUUCUGUCAACUGGCCUCUUCUCUGCGACAAGAUCGGCUUUUCUUUCUCUGCGGGCUUAGAUUGCAGACGAUACGCAUUGGGGGAAUUGUGGCUUUUGUAGUAAGCAGGUGACGCGGAUGAAGCCAGAUGACACAGAUCCACGGGAAAGAUGCAGUCACACUCAUGGUUUUCGUGUGUUUGUUUGGACGCAGGUGUGUGAGUGAGUGUUGUUGAUUUGUGUCGAUGACGGAGGUCGACAUAGAGGACAUUGAGCUGCCUCUUCACGCUUUUGACCUCCAGUUCCACCCGUCUGAACCCGUCGUCGCCUCGUCGAACGUCGCCGGCCACGUCUUAUUGUAAGGCGAAGGAGGCCUUGACUGUAUGCUCAUGAAAGGAUGGCAUCUCUCUCUCCCUCUUUGUUGGUGUGUUCACAUCGGUCAGCCACCAAUACAAUGUGGCCGAGGGGACGGCACGGCUCGUGCUGGAGCUGGAGGCCCAUGACGAGUCGUGCAGAGCCAUCCGGUUCUUCCCAGACGGACAGCGUACGCAGGCUGAGUCAGGCGAUGAUCAGUCAUUUCUGUGCCCAUCGUUCAUGUGGAUGGCUGGUCUCACUGCACAGACAUGGUGUCGGGUUCGGCUGACUACCGGGUGCAGGUCGUCGACCGGCAGGGCAACCGCGUCUGGCGGAAAAAACACAGGUGGGCAGACUGGAAGCUAAGCAAUCGUUCUAUCGUUCUUGCUUGAAUGCGUGUUCGUGGUUGUGUGUGUGUGUCGUGCCAUCGUUCGAUAAGGGGGAAGGUGAAUGCAGUGAAUGUGCUGAGCGAGCAGAUCUUUGCGUCAGGUGACGACGACGGGGUCAUCAAGGUGUGGGACCUGCGGCAGCCCAAAUCAGUCAUGAGCUUCCACGAACAGGGGGACUUCAUCUCAGGUCGACAGGGCACGGGUGUCACAAACAAGGCAUCAUACGUCCAUCCUUAGCCACUUCUUGCCUUUGAUGAGUGCAGAUCUGAUGCCGGACGAUGAGGUCAAAUACCUCCUGGCCACCAGGUGAGUGUGUGUGUGUGUGCAGCCACCAUGAUGCACACACAGAGACAAGCGCAUUCCUGUGUUGAUGUGGCGGAUGGAUGGAUGGAUGCAGUGGUGACGGCACAUUGGGUGUUUAUGACCUGCGCACGAGGAAUGGCGAGCUCGAGGCGCUCUCCGACCCACACGACGACGAGUACCUGUCACUGCAAAUCAUGAAGGUGACCAAGACCUCCCGACAGACAGAGACACCCAGACUUUCGCAUACUCACACGUGUGGUUGGUCAUGGCUGAGUCAGGACGGCCGCAAGGUGGUGUGUGGCACCCAGAAUGGCGUGAUAUCGCUGUUCUCGUGGGGCGACUUCGGCGACCUCAACGACCGGCUGCUGGGCCACCCCAUGUCAGUGGACGCAAUGGUCAAGCUGGACGAGUCCACACUACUGACCGGGUCGAGCGACGGCAUCAUCCGCAUCGUCAGCAUAUUGCCCAACAGAAUAAUUGGUCGGCGGGUGCCGGACGGGAGCAAGACACAUGCGGAUCGAUGGAUUGAUGGAUGGAUGGAUGCAUGGAUGGGUUGAUGGGCGUGUGCAGGUGUGCUUGGUGAGCACGGGGAGACGCUGUUUGAGAGGGGCGAAUCGUUCCCCGUCGAGCGGCUCGCACUGGACCCGUCAAAUGCCAUACUCGGUGACCCCACACCAACACGGACAUACCUCUCACUCAAUAUCUGUGUCCUUUCUCUCUGUGUGCCCUGUGCUGGUCGUGUGUGCAGCGAGUCUGUCUCACGAUUUGUGCAUUAAGUUCUGGUCGACGGCCCACGCGUACCUGACGGCCGAGGAGGCCAUGAAGGAGGGGAAAGGAAGAAAAGGCAUGCAAAUCGAUGAGGAUGAUCAUGACGAUGACGACGAUGAUGAUGGUGACGAGGAGGAAGAUGAAGAUGGGCCGGGGCCCGCACCUCCACCUCCUGCUGCAGCAGCUGCUGCUUCUGCUGCUGCGGCGGCGCCAUCAGCUGGGUUGCGUCGCAGCUCACGGCUAAGGGCGAGGAGUGAUGACUUCUUUGAUGACUUGUGACGUACAAGGGAGGGGAUGUGUGUGCGUGUGUGUGUGUGUGGACGCUGAGCAAAUGGGAUGCGUGUGUGUUUUUGGGUUGUCUUCUGCUGUCGAUGC